ACCAAAUACCGAUUGUCUAAACUGCCAACAAUAACAAAAAAAAUUUUCCACUAGCGUUCGUCUCCAGACGGCUGUAAAAACCUAAACCUUUACAGUACAGUUAAUCGUUUGCGAAAGAAUUUGAUUUAAAUUUUCCGCCAACUGUUUGCGGUGUACCCCACAAAACCAGUGCCAAACCAGUCGAAAUUCAGUCAGACAACCGCAACAACAAAAAAAUGUGCCAAAAAUGAUUUUGCAAACGCACCGAAGGAUAAAAGUAGCGUGCUGGUUAGCGUUCACUUUUCACCGUACAUUCUUCACCAUAUUGUGCGUUGGCCAAGAUUGUUUAUAUUGCCGCUAAACCAGCGGCCUCACGUAGUGAAUUUGUCAUACAUAUUGACAUCGUGUGACCUUCUCGAACCGGGGGCAUGGAAUUGUCUAGAGCAUCAUCCAAGUGUACCGCUCCACGCUAGUCCGCGUAAGUGUGAACGGUUCCACUUCAACUUGUCAACCAUAUGCCGGGGGUAUCCGGGGACGGACCAUCGCUAGCAGGAUGUAGCAUCGAAGAUGUACGACGUCACCGAUGCUGCCUCCAUCAAUUCCGACUACCAGGAGCUGAUGGCACCGUGGGCCUACAAUGGUGCCGCCGUGACACUCUUCUUCAUAGGGUUCUUCGGAUUUUUUCUCAACAUCUUCGUUAUUGCCCUCAUGUACAAGGAUGUACAGCUAUGGACGCCGAUGAACAUCAUUCUGUUCAAUCUAGUUUGUUCCGACUUUUCCGUAUCGAUCAUUGGAAAUCCGCUCACCCUAACGUCCGCCAUUUCGCACCGUUGGCUGUUCGGGAAAAGUGUCUGCGUGGCGUAUGGAUUUUUCAUGUCACUGUUAGGAAUCGCUUCAAUCACAACCCUUACCGUGCUUUCGUACGAGAGGUUCUGUUUGAUCAGCCGUCCAUUCACCGCGCAGAACCGCUCGAAACAAGGAGCCGGCCGGGCCAUUCUGUUCAUAUGGAGCUAUUCAUUUGCCCUUACCUCACCGCCACUGUUUGGCUGGGGCGCCUACGUCAACGAGGCAGCAAACAUAAGCUGCUCGGUAAACUGGGAGUCACAGACGAUGAAUGCAACCAGCUACAUUAUAUUUCUCUUCAUAUUUGGCCUGAUACUCCCACUGGCAGUCAUUAUUUAUAGCUACAUCAACAUCGUACUCGAAAUGCGCAAGAACUCGGCACGUGUGGGUCGUGUAAAUCGUGCCGAACGGCGCGUCACCUCCAUGGUAGCGUUGAUGAUCGUCGCAUUCAUGAUCGCGUGGACACCGUACGCCAUCUUUGCGCUGAUCGAACAGUUUGGACCGCAGGAACUGAUCGGACCCGGGUUGGCAGUGUUGCCAGCGCUCAUCGCCAAAUCGAGCAUCUGCUACAACCCGAUCAUCUACGUCGGCAUGAACACACAGUUCCGGGCCGCUUUCUGGCGUGUACGGCACUCGAACGGUAUUGCCGGUCAGCUGGACAGCAACAACACGAACAGCAGGGAAAAGGAUUCGCGCAGCACCGGGAAGGAUGUGCUGGAGUGCAGUUUAGACUUUUGCCAUUGGACGGUACGCGGCCCACGGGUAAGCAUCUCGUCCGUCGAUCGAAACGUACCCGGCCGGUCAGCUUAUGACCGGUCGAGGGAAAGAUCGGGCGGAAACGGUACGAGAGAGGGUGACCGACAGGUGGCACUGAGAACGUUGCACAACAAUCCACAAUUGCCCACCAGUCCUGUGCUGGUGGCGGAGUCUAUUACGUCGGACGUGCAUACCAGCAGAGAUGGUAGUGUCAGAAUCGUACGGCAGGACUCGGAAUUAUCUGUGAUCCAUGAUGGUAAGGUACUCGUUAUCAAAUCACCAAUACCACCUUCAGAUAUGUUGUAACGGUUAAGGUUAUUUUUUAUAUCUCGACAAAACUACGAAGGACAAACAAAACGUGUAAAAUUUUGAAGUAAAUUCCUAGGCUAGAAAUAUAUAAAAUCAAACGCUAACGUUAAAUAAAACACAUCUCCGGAAAGAUGUGCAUCAAGGUUUCAAGUAAACUCAAUAGGAACAGAUGAAAUAAUUUCUUUCCCUAUCCUAAUAUCACCUCAGGUAAGGCAAUAACUGUUUUAAAAUUGAUCUUCCUUCACUGAAAGCAUGAGCCCCCUUUCAAUGAGCGAUGAGUCAAAUUUGUCAUUAGGAUUAGCGAGCAUUGGUAUGAUUACUUUUAAUUCUCUUCCAGCAGCACUGCUUACAUGAGCUUGUUCAUAUAAAGAAAGAUCCCAAACUAAGACUGUGUAAUUUGAAAAUAUAGAAUAAGGAUACCAAAAACUGUUUAAAAAUGUUUUGCUAAAAGCUUAAAAAUCGCAUUACCUUCUGUACAAAAAAAAAAAAAAAACAAAAUGUUGCUGCCCAAUCGUAUAUACGUAAACGUGUAAGUGCUCUAGGUGUGUCCAUGAUUAUUUUAAUAGCUUAAACUUUAUGUUGCUGUAUAUGCUAAGCAUGUUGUCAAUUUUAAGGUCUAAAUGUUUUAAAAUAAAGAAAAAAAAAACAACAAAUGAGUACAAAGUAUUGAUCAAAUCGUGUAUGGAUCUUGUCUACUCUAUUUAUUCGUA